AAUCAGUACUUUGGAAUGAAAGACAACCUGUGUUACAGGUGAAGAAACAGCUUUUAUGAAAGGUCUGACAAAGAUCAAACCCCUCACUGACUCACCAGAGACAAACCAGGAAACAGCUUCUUAUCCUUCCUCACUACAGAGACACAGAGUGAAAAACAGACAAUCAGAUUCACCUUCAGACCAAACUGACAACUUCCUCUGAGUGAGUUCAGCUACAGGAGAGAAAAGUGGAAAACUACAACACUGCUGCUUCAACCUGCUGACGCUCCACACACUGAAGGUAGAACAACGGCAGAGCAGGUCUGACGCUCCACACACUGAAGCUUCAGAGACAAAAUGGCUUCCAGAUCAGAGGAGGAUCUCUGCUGUCCGGUCUGUCAGGAGGUCUUCAGAGAUCCUGUUGUUCUGUCAUGUAGCCACAGCUUCUGUAAAGUCUGUCUGAAGAGCUGGUGGAGACAGAAACAAGCACCCGAGUGUCCAGUUUGUAAGAGAAGAUCUUCAAAGGAAGAUCCACCUCGUAACCUGGUGUUAAAGAAGCUGUGUGAGGCCUUCUUACAGGAGAGAGAUCAGAGAGCUUCAGAGGCUCUCUGCAGUCUGCACUCUGAGAAACUCAAACUCUUCUGUCUGGACCAUCAGCAGCCAGUGUGUGUCGUCUGCAGAGAUUCAGAAAAACACAGCAACCACAGAUUCAGACCCGUCGAUGAAGCUGCACGACAACACAAGAAGGAACUUCAGGAAACUCUGGAGCCCUUAAAGGAGAAGUUAAAGGUUUGUGAACAAGUUAAAGUGAAGUUUGAUCAAACAGCAGAACACAUGAAGGUCCAGGCCCGACACACAGAGAGGCAGAUUAAGGAGCAGUUUAAGAAGCUUCAGCAGUUUCUAGAGGAGGAAGAGGAGGCCAGGAUGGCUGCACUGAGGGAGGAAGAGGAGCAGAAGAGUCAGAUGAUGAAGGAGAAGAUGGAGGCUCUGAGCAGAGAGAUAGCAGCUCUUUCAGACACAGUCAGAGCCACAGAGGAGGAGCUGAGAGCUGAAGACGUCUCAUUCCUGCUCAACUACAAGGCUGCAGUGGAAAGAGUCCAGCAGCGCCCCCUGCUGGAUGAUCCACAGCUGCCCUCAGGAGCUCUGAUAGACCAGGCCAAACACCUGGGCAACCUGACCUUCAACAUCUGGAACAAGAUGAAGGACAUGGUCUCCUACACUCCUCUCAUUCUAGACCCAAACACUGCUCAUCCAGAACUCAUCCUGUCUGAAGAUUUGACCAGUGUGAGACGAGGAGAGAGACAGCAGCUUCCUGACAAUCCAGAGAGGUUUGAUAAACUCUGGUCUGUCCUGGGCUCUGAGGGCUUUAACUCAGGGACUCACAGCUGGGAUGUCGAGAUUGGAGACAAUACAGGCUGGAUACUGGGUGUGUUAGCACAGUCUGUCCAGAGGAAGGGAGACAACAUAGAGUCUGGAUUAUGGGGAAUAGGGUUCGUUGAAGGUAAAUACUUUGCAGGGUCCCCAUCAGCUCCACUCACUGAUCUCAGAGUUCAGAAGAAGCCCCAGAGGAUCAGAGUGAAUCUGGACUGGAACAGAGGAAAGCUGUCGUUCUCUGAUCCUGAUACUAACACACACAUACACACCUUCACACACACUUUCACUGAGAGGCUGUUUCCAUUUAUUUACACUGGGGAUGAAGUGAAGCUGUCAGCAGUGAAGGUCUGUGUGACAGUGGAACAGAGCAGUUAGAGAUAAAGAGGAUGAUUAUAUUCAUGAUGUUGUUGAUUUCUUAAAGGGAAAAGUCUCUGAAUUUAACCUGUUAAGCUGCACCUGUCCUCCUGCUGUCUCAUUAUUCCAAACAUAUCUUUAUUUUCUUUCACUUGUUGUUUUUUAUUCUUUGUAUUUUCUUUUUCUUGUUAUUUAGUUUGACAAUCAGCUUUUUGUUUCUCCUGUCGGCCUUUUCAUAUGUAAAAUGAUUUCACUGAGUUUCUUUAUGUUUGUUUGGUUUAGCCGUUUCUUUUUUAUCCACACUGUCGUUUUAAAUAGUUGUUCAUGUUUUAUUAUUUUUACUUGUGUGUGUGGAGCCAUGAAGACCAGCAGCCACUUUGUGGAAGCUGAUGAGGAUUAAUUAAUUACAUGUGUGAAAUCUUUACAAAAUAUGAAAUAUAGGUUUUAAAUGAUCCAAAAUAUUUGUACAAACACAUCAAAAAUCACAGUUUGAUGUGACGAAGCCGUGAUGAUUCUGUCUGUCAAAGUGUGUGUUAACAGCUUAUGAUGGCUGAUGGGAAUGUCUUUAGUUCUGCGGGUAUUUGGUCAUAAACCAAAGUGUUGGAGACGUGAACAUGUUGACCUGAUGAUGGCGCUACAUGGAAGUUUUUCUUAAAAUAUCUCUUUUUAUGUGUUUUUAUUUCAUAACUUUUCCAAAUGACUCUUUUAGUUCAUAAUGUGUCUUUUCACAACAACUGAAAAACAGCAUUAUGAAUGAAACAUCCAAAA